UCCUGCAGAGGAGGAGGAGGAGGAUCCGAUUACUUCAUUUUUUCAGUUUGUUUUCCUCCCCCAGCGUCAGUCUGGGAACCUCUUCCCGCACUGUGGUACACAGCCGAGUUCGCAGUGGUGCUUUUUCUUUAAUAUAAUUCCCAGGCACUAUUUUUAUUUUUUAUUUGCCAUUACACAGAAAUGAGCAUCGAAACGCUACUAGAAGCUGCCAAGUUUUUGGAAUUACAAGCCCAGCAACAACAGAAAGCACGUGAGGAUGAACUGAAGGAGAAGCUGCUUCUGCAGCAGAAGACGGAGCAUAUCUACCCUGAUGUGAACUAUAACUCCACAGUCUGUAUUAGCAAUGUCCCCAAAGCUAAGGAACAUCACACGCCGUGCCCCCCGCCACCCAUACCGCCAUCCCUGCCCCACCCUUCCACACCCGUCACCGUCUUCCCCAUGCCGGUCGUCACCCCCAACCCCGCAGGGUCGCCGGCUCUAGCUGUCACCACCCGCUCCCCUCCAGCCGCUCAGUCCCUGGCCUUCCUUAAGAGAGACCCUCAGGAGCAGAGCUCUGCUGUAACCAGGUGCUCCCCACCUCCCAAAGCUGACCACCCGACCCCCACAGUGACGGUCAACCCCAGGCAGCCCAUCCAGAACCACCUUAGCCCCCCUCAGCUCCCCGACCAAAGCAACACCAAAGUGCAGCAGCACACGCUGCAGCAGGUGGUUCAGUGCUAUGCAGGUUCAAUCAUCUCAGCCCCUCAGCACCAAGCUUUACUCCCCCACCCCAGCCCUCUGCUUCAGCCCACCCCCCCUCAGAACGGCUCCAUGGGCCGGACGAGUCCUCCUGACGACAGCCGUCAGCUGGACAGCAAGAAGAGGCCAGGAGGGGCUGGAACAAGAGAAGUGCAUAACAAGCUGGAGAAAAACAGACGAGCACACCUGAAGGAGUGCUUUGAAACGCUGAAGAAGAACAUCCCCAACAUCGACGAGAAGAAAACCUCCAACCUCAGCGUGUUGAGAAGCGCGCUGAGAUACAUUCAGACGUUGAAACGCAAAGAGAAAGAGUACGAGCACGACAUGGAGCGGCUGGCCAGAGAGAAGAUCGCCACCCAGCAGCGCCUGGCAGAGCUGAAGAACGACCUGAGCCAGUGGAUGGAUGUGGUGGAGAUCGACCGGGUCCUCAGGCAGACGGUGCAGCCAGAGGAGGACCAGGCUUCAACCUCCACUGCUUCAGAGGGGGAGGACAUUAUGGACGACCUGGAGGAAGCAGGUGCAACGAGAGCGUUGCCCGCCGUACCAGCUGCACCCCACAGCAUGAAACCUGAGCUGCUGAAGAUUGUGACGCCAGCCACCAGCGCUUCCAUCAUCACCCAGCACAUCUCGCCCCUGAACAGAGCCCCCCCACAUCAGCCGCUACCAGUGAAUCCUCCACAGCCGCAUACCAAGCCUGUAGCUCCACCCAUACUCCCAGCUCCUACGUCCAGUGCUCCCAGUCCACCAUCCAUCCCUGCCCAGACUACGGUCAUCGCCCACGCCUCAGUGUCCCACCCCUCAGUUAUUCAGGCAGUAAACCAUGUCCUCCAUGGGGGGUGUCCCAAACAGGUGACCCACCUUGCUCCCUGCACCACCACCAGCUCGGUGCAGUUAGCCCCCAGUCCCCAGCCCAUCGGUCACAUCACCGUACACCCAGUAGCUCACCUUGGCCAACACAUCCCCGCCUUCUACCCGCAGACGGUGGCGGUCACGCAGCCCACCGUGGUGGGCCACAUCACCCACGCUCACAUCAGCGGCACCUCCCCCACCCAGGUGACUGCCACCACCAUCGUUAGUAAGCAGACGGCAGUAAGCACCCAGAUGAUGGCACACCACCCGCAGCUGAUGGGUCAGACUGUGCUGAACCCCGUCACCAUGGUGACGAUGCCCUCCUUCCCCAUAAGCACUCUGAAGCUGGCCUGAGCGGCGUGGACGAAGUAAAGAUGGGAAAAUGUCCAGGCUGCAGAGAGAGAGGAAGAGAGCGGGACGAGCUGCUGCAGAACCGCAGCAGGAAGGAGUUCACCUCUCCUGGUUUCAGGCUGCUUGGGCUCAGAGCGCUGAAGCAAGGUGGGGGGGCACAUAGCGAGGCAGUAGAUGUUUUCACAGCAUGGUGGGAUCAGACAGGAAGCUGGAAGCUCUGCCUCUGCUCAGCGUUGGCCCAGAGAGCAGCAGCAGCACUUAGCUCCUCCCCCUCCAACAGCGGCACGUGCUGACAGGCUGCAGCUAAAUCAUGGACCGAACUACACCCACUGCACCAGCGCUGACUGUGCAUACGGCUACAGCGCCCCCUCCUGUCCGUUUAGCACACAACAUAGAGCCGCUCUGAUGAUUAUACCAAUCAGAGUAAAAUAAUGUGUAGUUAUGGUUUCGACAAUCAUGUUUUUUUUUUUUCUGUUACAGUUAUGUUUUCAUUUCUGCUUUUAAUAUAUUUUAGCCAAAUGGAUUCAGCUGGAAAAAGUAAAAUACCCCACAGAUCCAGCAUCUAAAUGUUUAAGAUAACCAGAGAUGUUAGUUAACAGAAACACUAAACAUGGCGUCUCAUCCGCCCAUGUUGGCGCGCUGAUAUUACUCUAACAUGGGUAUAAACCUGAGCAGUAGAUGGGAAUGAACCAUCCUUUAUCUAAGCCUGCACUGUGAACAUUUCUACCGUCUCAGAGAGCAGCAUCUAUGAGGCUCAAUGCAGCACUUAGAGCAGCGACACUCCAGCUCUCUGAAGUGAACCUGAAUGUACCGAUCUGUGAGCGGAGUCCAGAUCACAUCACUAAAGCGGAUGUAGACUGAAACUUAUACUGUUGCUUAUUUGUCCUGAUGAAUAACUUAUAUUUAAUGUAAAUUUUCUUUUUUUCCACUGGGACCAUGUAAAACAUCUGUAUAUACAAGGAGGUGAUGACCACACAAACCUCCUGAUGUUAGUACCACAUUUGGCCACUUAGAAAAAAAAAAUCUCACUAAUGUUUUUGUAUUUUGAUAUCACAACAGGGACAUUUUUGUUUAAUUUCUGAGGCAAAAGAUCAUUUUAUUACUAUAUGCAAAUGAUUUUUAGCAGAUCAUGUUCUUGUGUCACAAACAAAGACAGAAAAGGUUCACAGGGAUAAAUAUACUUGAAGAAGCAACAGUAUACUUGUCUGUUUUUUUCCCUAUGGAGAAAAUUCAAGGUGUAUAUAGUUUGUAAAUGUCGGACUGCGUAUAAAUCUAUUAUGUAAAAAUGCUCUGAAGAAUGGCAGAUAUAAAAUUUAUAAAAUA